UCUCUCCGUAUCUCUUGCUGUCAGGGGAAACCCCCCAAAAUUUGUCUACAGACUACAGCUGAAAGAAAAAAUGGCAGGUAAUGGAAAAGGAACCGCAUCAGCAGAUUAUUUAUCGGGGAAACGGACGCGUGACGGAGGCCAUAAGACGGUAUUUCGGAGUGACUAUCUGUUCAGUUCUCGUGACAUGGAAGAUUAUAGAAAUGGCGUGUUUCAUAAAGAAUACUUUGGUCAAGAUCUCGGAGCCCAGGCUGGACCAAAGACUCCUAGCAUUCCCGUUUUUCCCAAAAACGAAGAGAGAUAUGAAGAGAAUCAAGACAAGUUUCUUGAAGAGCAUUAUAAACAAUUUCGCAGCAAGUAUGGUGGGGUAUCCGUGGGCAGCUGGGCUCGUGUGAAAAGAGGGAAAUACAUGGGAGAUCUAGCACAGGUUGUGAAUGUGAAUGAGUUUCAGAGGAAAGCGACUGUUAAGCUUCUACCGAGAAUAGAUCUACAAGCCAUGGCUAUAAAAUAUAGUGGCGGAGAUACUGGCUACCAAUAUACAUCUCCAGCUCCUAGACUUAUCACUUCCAGUGAACUAAAUUCGUAUAGGCUACGAGUUAGGCAUAGCCUUGACCCUGAAACAGGAGAUUUGUAUGAGGUAUUUGAUGGAAUGAAACUGAAGGAUGGUUAUGUCUUCAAAAAACUCUCCUUGGAUUCGUUGAAUUUCUCUAGCAAGCCUUCUGAAGCAGAGCUUAAAAAAUUUAGUCCUGGCAAGGAACAACAAGAAUCCAAUGAUGCAAAUAAAAAACAAACUACAGAUAACAAUCAAGUACAAGAGGGUUUGUCGAGCUCUGACAUGGAGAAUACUUUUGAAAUUCCUGAUCUUAUGAACCUCGGUGGCAAGGCAUUUGGAAGAGAGAAUGAUGCCUCUGAAGCUAGGUUUGUGGAGAAAUUAAGGAGUGGAGCAAAAGAGUUGAGUGGUUUGAUGGAGGAAGCGACUAGCAGAUGUUUGGGGAGGGCGUCUGUUGAGAAUCAGCUUCGAUGUGCUCUUGAGGAGUUGCAGUCAUGCAAGGAGAGGGUUUCUGCUGCAGAGGAGGAGCGUGAUACCUUACGCGAUCAUCUUAAGCUUGAUAGGAAGAAGAUUUUUGCUAUCUUCAGGAGAAUUUUGGAUACAAACGUUGACUUGUUCCCCCGUCUCAAAGAAGAUGUUGGUAUUUGGUGUGCAAACCACAAGGCAAACAUUUAGUUGGAUUUUGAUGAAUGAAAGCUCUAGUUUUGCCAUUGUGUUAGAGAUUUGUGUUGUUGGUAUGUAAGAUGUCUCCCUAGUUUCUUUUGACAUUGGCUAUCUAUCUGCUCAUCUGCCCGUUGUGAUGUGUGGGUGGUUUUUUGUUUGUGGACCUCCGUUUGGCAGCUUUCAUUAGGGCUUGUUUCUAUGAUGUAUAUGUAUGACUAGUGUAUCCUUUUGUGUUUUCAUGUGUGGUUUCUUACUUUCCAAAAAUGUGUGCUAUCGGCUCCUGUUUAAAUUAUAAAGGUAUAUGCGAUUAAUAGUGUAAAUGAUCUCGAUUUGAGCAUGUAAAGAGAGAG